CACACAAUUGACUUGCAGAUGGGUUAAAGGUAUCUUACUAGGAGCAAAAUAGUGAAUUGCAUUGUGGGUACAGUACUUGCGUUUCUCAAAUGCAAAGAUUUCUCGAUACGAUCGAGGAGAAUCUAAAGGAAUACUCAGAUGACCGUAUAUCGUCUAAAAUGGAAAUGGAUAGGCCUGAGCAACCAGAAAUUGUGAGGGCAAAGUCAUUUUGGUUACAGGUGGAUGUAGAACAGGCAUUUGAGGAGCUGUUUGAAUAUCUGAUACACUUGAAGCAUGCCAUCAAGACCUGCACUGCUAGCGACAGAGAAUAUGUCCAGGGGAUGAAUAUGAUCACAUUAUUGGAUUCUGGGUUGGUUGCUCCACCAGCAGCUCCAGUAACAGCUCCAGCUACAACCCCAACCAUGGGGAAUGAGUCUUUUGUGGAGGUGGUUAUUGGUUCUGAAAUCCUUGCCGUUUCGCCCCCUGAUAUUGAUGGCCCUCAGACUCCACUUCCCCCCCAGCAAACCGAACACGUAUCCUCUCCCUCACCCCCGUGCUAUGAUGGCUCCAACAUCCCUCUUUCACCCCCUUACCCCAACAGAGAGGACGUCAUGGCCCCCCUGGUGCCUAUCCAGCUCCCCUACCAGCCCCACACUUGCAGCCAGGCGUGUGUGUCCCGUCUACCCCCGUCCGCGCACCACUUCCAGGGCCUCAACCCUCUCACCAUCCCCCUGUUGUGCUCCUUCCAGCGGCAGUGUGCUGCCCCAACCAAUCUGGCCCCAGCGGCUGAGACGGAGUGUGACGAGACUGAGCCGGACUCUAACGGGGAGGGCUCUGAUCCUUCUCUUGGUGCCGGGAUGGACUCCCCGGUUGGGGAGCUAGACGUUGUUUACAAGGCUCCUUGUGGGCGGAGCCUUCGCACCCCAGAGGAGGUGCUGUGUUUUCUGGUUGCCACGGAGAGUUACGGCAUCCUGCAAGUGGACGACUUCACUUUUGACCCCACGGUGCAGCUGAAGUGUCCGUGGCCGCCACAGUGGCGCCGGCCUGGCCCGUGUGAGAGGGACCUGAGCCGGGGAUCUGAGCCGACGCCGGUGCAGUUGUGCCUGGGGGAGGAAGGACUACGGCCGGAGGAGUUUCGCUAUAGGAAGGAGCGUUGGCCUCACGGCUGUUUCCUCAGUUCCGGUCCGCUGUUCAUCACCUGCUGCGACUGCUCCGACGGAUGUGGCGACACGGAGAGCUGUGCCUGCGCUGGGCUGAGCCCCAGGGGCAAACACUACUCCCACCAGAGAUUGACUGAGCCAGUGUCAAAAGGGCUGUAUGAAUGCGGUCCGUGGUGCGGGUGCGACCGUAGCAGGUGUCAGAACCGUGUGGUCCAGCGCGGUCUGCGUGUCCGCCUGCAGGUCUUCCACGCCGGAAGCAAAGGAUGGGGGGUACGCUGUCGUGACGACCUGGACAUGGGCACCUUUGUGUGUACAUACGCAGGCGUGGUACUCCGGGCCGGGCUGGACUCCGACGAGCCCCUCCCACCUAAGCGCCAGAGGGCGGAGCUUCCAUCGGACGAUGAGGUGGAGGUGGUGGAUGAGUGGCUGGUGCCGGCGGUGGAGGGACAGGCUGAUGCCGAGCCCCUGGAGCCUUCUCCCCCCGGCUCACCUUCUGACGGGCUUCAUGUGCCUGUUAUCCAGAGGCCCGGGGGAGACGUUUCUCCACAGAUACAGGCCGUGGUGGUGGGGAGCUUUCUGCCGACCCAGUCUCCCACAGGCACGGCGGAUGAAGAGGGGAAGGAAUCUGAGAAUGUUGUACAGAAGCCACGGUUGAAUUCUGGGCCAAACUUGAAAGAAGUGGAUGUGAACGUUUCUGUGUCCCGUAGUCCCCAAAAACUGGGACUGAAGCAGAACUCUACGGAGCACCUGUAUUACCUAGACGCCACAAAGGAGGGGAACGUGGGAAGGUUCAUUAAUCACAGCUGUAACCCCAAUCUGUUCGUACAGAACGUCUUCACUGACUCUCAUGACCCCAACUUUCCAAUCGUCGCUUUCUUCACAAGCAAAGUGAUAAAGGCGGGGACUGAGUUGACCUGGAACUACUCCCACAGCCCUGGCAGCGACCCGGAACAGGAAGUGCCAUGUCAAUGUGGCGGUGAAGAAUGCCAAGGACUGCUUGUCUGAAGCUUGGGAGAUUAGUUGUAAAACUUGAUUAUAGUCUGCUUGUAGAACUACUGUAUGAUUGAAAAACAAAUAUUGCCCUGUUUUUGAUUGUAUUCUUUUGCCCAAAUGUCAUUGAAUGUUUCCAGAUCUUCUUACAACCCUAAUAUGAUAUAGAUCACCUGAGUGAACAAAAACACUUUAUUUAAUUAAAAAAGUUAUGAAAUCCUCAA